UUGUGCUCCAGGGAGGAGGAUGCUCUGUGGUUCCCCCAUCCACUGCUCUCUGCUGGCUUUUGUCAUUUCCACUUUAGUUUUCCAAGUUCCUCAGGGGCACUCAGGUAAGAAUCCCCCUGUUCUUGCUGGAUGCUGUGCCAUGGCUUCCAGGUGGAAUAUCUUGCUGGCUGCCAGUGCAGCAGCUCGCUGGGAACAGCAGAGCACAGAGCAGGGUCAGGCCCUUUCCAGACACCUUCUCCACUUCCGAGAGUGCCAGCAUUCCUCUGGAUCCUGGUUUAUUCCUCUGCAUCCUGGUUUAUCCCUCUGGCCAUGGGAACACAGGCAUGGGCACAACCCCACUGAAUUGGGGUGAGAAUUAGACGAUGCCAAUGAGUUGAUAAGAGUUUGCUGCUGUUUCCCUCCCUCCUUUCCCUGUCUCCUGCACAUUCACAGUGUGUCAUUGCUUUACUGGGCUGUGUCCAGCCUGUGCUGGACCCUUUGCAGAACCAACUCAAUAAAAAACAACAACAACAGCAACAAUGAACUUUCACAAAUUAGUCUGGGUUGUCUUUGGUUGCUGACGUGAAGCAGCUUCUUAAAGGCAGCUCUGGCAGUUGACUGGAAAAAGAUCUUGUCAAAAAAAGGUCAUUUGCUUUUGUUUGCCUGUGAGCUGAGUGAACAGAUUAUUCUAAGCCUAUGUCUUUUAAUUUUCUACGGAUGCCAAGAGCACCUGAGACAUUUUUACUUUUAUAAUAGAUUUUUGAGAACAGUGAAGGAUAUUUGAGAUUUAUUUGUAUCGAAGUUGUCAGUUGCCAACCCCCCAGCAACCUUCCAGCCACUUCCAUCAUUCCUUGAGCCCCUUUCUGCCUGCCCUGAGCCACAUGGGCAGCACUUGUCCCCUUGAGAACAAGGGGUUUGAAGAACUUUCCUGGCAGUGCAGGACAGGGAAGCAGAGGGAUGGGGAGUGGCCUGGCCCCAGCCCACUGCCCGUGCUGCAAGGCAGGGUCCCUGUGCCAGCUGCCCUCAGCCCCUCGUCUGCCCCGGCACAGGGACGCUGCCAGCGCCAUGGCCCGGCCCGGCAGCACCCCAACCACGCGCAGCAGCCGCUGCUGUGUCCCAGCUCAGCUGCCUCAGCAAACUCACACUUCUCUCUUCUUCCUACGGGGUCUCUCCCAGCUCCACUCAACGUCACUGGACCCCCCGGCCCUAUCACCGUGGCCAAGGGCGAGGACGUGGUGCUGCCCUGCAGCUUCUCCCCGGGGCAGAAUGCACAGGACACGGAGGUGACCUGGUUUCGGGAGCAGUUCUUGCCCUUUGUGCAUCGCUACAAGUUGGGCCAGGACCAGUUUGGGGAGCAGAUGGUUCAGUACCAAGGGCGCACUGAGCUGGGGAAGGACGGCCUUGCCAAGGGCAGCGCGGACUUGAGGAUCUUCCGUGUCCAACUCUCUGACACAGGGAAUUACACCUGCUUUGUUCAACGUGGCUCAGAUUACGAUGAGGUUCUGGUGGAGCUCAAGGUGACAGCCAGCGGCUCUGCCCCGCUCAUCGCGCUGGAGCGCUACGAGCACGGGGGGAUCCGGGUGGCCUGUCGCUCUGCCGGCUGGUACCCACGGCCCCGGGUGCUGUGGCACGAUCCCCACGGGCGCCAUCUCCCGUCCCUCUCGGAAAACGCUACCCAGGACAAGAACGGGCUCUUUGCAGCUGAGAGCAGCAUCAUCCUCACCAGGGCUGGGACCCAGGAACUCUCCUGCUCGGUGCAGCACCUCCCGCACACACCAGGGCAGGGACCAGCCCUUUACGUCUCAGAUCCCUUUUUCCAAGAUGCCCAUCCUUGGAGGAUUGCCUUGAGUGUGGCCCUGGUUGCUGUGGUUGCUCUCCUUAUUAUCACUGUUUGUCUAUUUAAAAUUAAAGGAAAGCAGCAGAAAGAAAUAGGAAAGCAGCAGAAAGAAAUAGGAAAGCAGCAGAAAGAAAUAGAGAAACAAGCCCAGGAACUUGCCUGGAGAAGACAGGCAGUGCCUAUAGAAGCAGCGAACGUGGUUCUGGAUCCAGACACAGCCCACUGUGAGCUUGUCCUGUCUGAGAAUGGCAAAAGGGUGACACGAGUUGACACACGACAGGACAUCCCCGACACCCCCAAGAGAUUUAACGUGUGCCACUGUGUUCUGGACCGUGAGGGCUUCACCUCGGGGAGACACUACUGGGAGGUGGAGGUGGAGAAUGCAGGAGGAUGGAUUGUGGGGAUUUUUAGAGAAGAUAUGAGAAGGAAAGGUUAUAUUGAGCUUAAACCAGAGGAAGGCAUCUGGGCAGUGGGGAAACACACAGUCAUGAAAGCUUUCACCUCCCCUAGUCCCACUCAAUUUCCUGAAAUCAAGGCUCCCAAGCGGAUCCGGGUCUCUCUGGAUUAUGAAAUGGGACAGGUGGCAUUUUUCAGUGUUGAUGAGGGGAUUCCCAUCUUCAUGUUUCCACGGGCAUCAUUUGGGGGGAAAAAAGUCUACCCUUGGGUCUCUCUAGGUCCUGAGACAUGUCUGAAAAUGUGGCCCUGAUGAAGAGGAGGCAGUAAGAGAAGGGUCUCCAAGGGUGGAGAUCUCGUUAUCUCUCUGCACCUCUGUUCCCUGCUGCAUCUCUCCAAGAUCUUUCUCUGAGGCCAGACAUGCUGUUCUGGUCCCAGUGCAGAUGACUGGGAGAGGCCAUGGCCAAGACCUUGUGUUAUGAGAUCACCCCACAUCAUUUCCAGGUGUGGGAAAAAGGGACUUUCUCUCCUGCUUCUGAGGGUGUUCCUUACACAUGGAGGGUGGAACCAUUGUUUCCUUCUCUCAGGCUCAGGGAGCAUUUGACAUGUAAAUCACCCUCUCUUUGUACACUUCUCUUAUUCCUAUGGUUGCUGUUCCUGUUGGUUUUAUGAUCUCAUUGCUGUUUCCAGGGAAUUGUUCUUCUCUCAACCCGUGAUCUUUGCCUUUUGUACUUUCAACCAGAGGUGGGGGCAGGGGGAGUGAGCAGCAUCUGCUUUGGGAGGGUCUGGGUGGGAGCACUUGAUUGGGGAGCACCAUUCCUAAAACACCACACAUGCUUUCACACCAGAUCCUCCAUUCCAUGGAGAUCCAGCAGGCCUGGACCUUCCCAAGGGAAGGCUUCACCCCAACAGAACUGGUAAGGAGGGAGACUGCAGUGCAGGUGGUGGCUUUGUUGCCUAAACUCAGCUCUUGAAAGAAACCUCCAAGACCAAAGUUGUGAGUUUGAGAAGCCAGGCAUUCUUUUAUUAGGGUGCACUGAAGUGACUCCAGUACACCGGGUGCCCUGGGAAUCAGUUCCCAAAGUGCACCCAGAGGGAUCCUCACCACAGCUGUGUGAUAGUUUUCACACCAGGCCUUCCUGGAGACCAGCUUGUAAGCAGGAAGGAACUAGGAAGGUGACCCAGGAAGUAUUCCAUGCUAUUCCUUCAUGUCACCUGGGGUAUAAAUAAGGCAGAGAUAAGAGGGUUCGCUCUCUUCCUUUGCGGCGAGGUUGGAGAACGGUGGGUGCCUGUCUUGGUCUUGCUCAUGUGGAGCUGAGGCCCACAGUGACUGCUGUUGUCUGCCCCGCGGGAGGGGACAGUGCUGGGCCGCGUCCAGCUGUCCUGCUUCUCUCAAGGGAAGUGGGGAGAUUUUGCCAGUUCUUCAGUUUGCUGGUUACCGGGUUUUUAGAUUGUGUAGACCUGUUUUGAUUCUGUCCCUUUUCAUCCUUUUUUUGUCCUUUUUUCCCUUCUCCCUUCCCCUCUUCCCUUUAGGAAGCUAUUUGGGGUUUCUGGGGUUAUAGGUAUAUAGUAUUUCUCACAGUAUAUAUCUGUUUUAUAUGUAAAAUAUAUCUUUGCUAUA